CACAGGCCCGCACGCAAACCCAAAACCCAAACCCUCCCAAAUUCCCAAUGCCCAGACGACGCCUCAGACUAACCUGCUCCUCCGACGAUGAAGACGAAAACCCUAACCCGAAUUCGGAUCCAUCUGAACCCGUUGCAAUAUCCGACGACGACGAAAACGGCGACUUCAUCGACGUCUCGGACAACUUCAUACCGUCAUCUCCUCCUCCGGCGCCGGCAUCUGAACCCGUAGCAAUCUCCGACAACGAAGAAAACGGAGAAUUCAUCAACGCCUCCGACAACUUCACCACGCCCUCUCCUCCUAAUCCUCCGGCGCCGGCGUCCGACCGCUCGGCACAGCCAGAUCCGGUUAACUCCACGGGCCAAGGAUCAGACUCGCGCUCGGGUUGUCCGGUUGGGGAUUCUCUUCUAAGGCUCGGGCUGAGCUUGAAGACGGAGUGGCUGGACGCGUGUUUGAACGCGCUCCAGAGCUCGGUUCCGGGCUUCGCGAGCCUCGACGUUGCGGCUAAGGCCAAGCUAUGCUUCGAGCGGUUCUUGAUUUCGGAUAUGAAUCUCUGGGGAAACGGUGUGCUUCCUCCAAACGUGGACUCCAUGCACUUGGUCGACCUGCCCGGGCCGUACGUGUUGCAGGUUGACGAGAUAGUUAAUAUCACUUGCCCUCUGAGGGGAAGGUAUGAGAAAGCGCCUCCAGGAGUCAAAAGGUGCCUCAAUUUAUCGAUGACAGACGGUGUUCAACGUGUGUUUGGCAUGGAGUACAGGCCGAUUCAAGCUCUUGAAGUUUUGGCUCCAGCUGGAUUGAAGGUUGCCAUCUGUAAUGUACAUAUACGACAUGGACUUCUAAUGCUGGUCCCUGAAGCUUUUGAAGUUCUAGGAGGAUUGGUUGAGGAGUUGGAGGCAGCACGCCAGCGACUUGUUGAUGAAAUAAAUAAGCCACCAAGGGGGAAAAGAACGAGGACAGGAGUUAUUCCUCCUUUAGCAACUAGAGCAACUCUUGCUGCAUGGCCAUCAAAUGGUGCUAAUACUGCUGGGCACAACAAUAGUUCCACGUUGCAAGAUGCAACCGCCUCUCAACUAAAUAACCAUGGUGCUACUUGGGUUCCAUCUGGCAGUAAUACCAGCCAAAGGACCACUUAUCAAAAUACCAGCCAAAGGACUACAGAAGAAUCUAGGGCUCCUACUGUAGAGAAUGCAGCUCCUAGCACAUCAUCUUCUGUUAUUAUGGGUUUUGAGGAAAUGCAUAUAGAUACUGUUCCCUUUAGCGGGGAAAAUACCGUGACUAACCGAUCCUAUAAUAUUGUUUCGGAGGUUGAGGAUAUACAAAUGGUUGAUGAGGUGGACCACCCUGUCAUACUAUCUGGAGACCGGGAAAUCCCAUUCACAUACUUGGCUAGUUUGUCAGCCAAGAUGGCAGCUAUGAAGGAAAAAUCACAUUCUGUUCGGGGAAAAAUUAAGUGCUUUUUGACUGGCGUAAAGGGAUUUCAAUAUAAGCAGCGGACAACAUAUGACCUCCGGGUAUAUGUUGAUGAUGGUAGCCUUAUUUCUGAGAUCCUCAUUGAUCAUAAUGUUGUACAGAAAGGAAUAGGUCAUUCUCCAGACGAGGUCACAGCUGCUCUUUCUUCUUUGGACAAGAAAAAAGUUGGUGACAUGAAGGAUACACUCAAACAGUUCCAGAUUUUCUUAGCAAAUUUUGAGGGCACAAUGCUUAUAGAGAUGAAUGAGAACUCUUCGCUCCCAAUUGCCAUUGAGAUGAACCAGGGCUGUCCCGAAUCUGAUGCAUGGUUGCUCCUGAGAAGACUCAAGUCCAUUAUUCAUUCCCAAACACCACAUUAUUCCCCCUUGGAUCCCAUUGAUGUAUCCCCAUGAUUGGCUAUGCAGUUUACAACUGGGGGAAGAAAUUAGGCUGUCAAAUUUGACAAGGGUGGUGUUGAUGCCGAGUCCAUCUUUGGUGCAGGAUGGCUCCUUGAUUAUGAUUUUUAACGUUCAGGGAUCAGAACUGUGUUUGGCAAGCAAUUUGGACGGACAAUAAAAGACGUUCAUGAUUCUCCUGAUGUACAAGCUCUGGCAUAUGAUGCAUAUGAUCUCUGAGGUGAGAAAUGCAAAGCCAAUCAGCUAUGGAGGAAAAAAAGACCAGGCCUGAGAAUGCUGGGAAGAGCUGGAGACUUCUCCUGCAUCUACUGAAGUGAAUUGCACGAGGACGAGGUAUUUGUUCCACAAAUCUUCUAAAGCUGAGUUCUGAAUAAUUCCAAAUUGCAUCAACAUUUUUAUGCCAUCACUUAUGCAGGUGCAUCAAAAGUAGCAUUACUUUCCCUUGUGAAAUAACGUAGCAAAAUGUAGUUUUUUUUUUAAUUUUUGCUGAUGGACCCGGAAAUGUGGACAAUCGGCCUUGAAAAGUAAAUAGAAAUUCAAU